GUAGGGAGAAAUAGGGUGAUAUACACACACGGGCCCCUGAUCGAGGCUAGCUGGCCCCUCCAGUUACCCGCGGAAUGGCUGACGAGAAUUUGGACGCCGACCGAUAGUCUGCUUAAUGGCGAAAAAUAAUUCCAAACUUACAUGUGAUCGAAACCCAAUUCUCUUGUGCCAAGAUGCUCUUUCGGUACCAAGUUCAGGAGAUCUUCGCUUCUAUGCAUUUCCAGCCAAAGAGUGUGUAGAAGGCUGCUCGGACAGUCCAUAUUGCGUUUCUUCUUCAGGGAGCUUGGACAUAGAGGCCUUCUCUCUCUUAGUCAAGUGUUGUGUAGGUGGUGAGUUGUGCGUUGAGAUGGAGCCCCUCUGUGAAGCACGCCUGGCCUGUGAGGUCACAAACUUGCCAAAUCCUGAGUUUCCUACCAAGAAAGUGCCUGAGUCCUCUACAGCCGUGGAGACGGUUGGCAUGGUGUGUGAAGCACAAAGUGAAGGGGAGGCGGACCACAGCAGCAGCAGCAGCAGCGGCAGCGGCAGCAGCAGCAGCGGCGGCAGUGGUGGCGGUGAGGGCGGGGGGCAGGCAGCUAGUGGAGGAGGAGCCGCCCCGCCGGAGUCCCCGGUGGGUAGUGGCGGGGGACGGGGGGCCGGAGCUGACCCCCCGCUGCCCCGCCGCCCCGCCAAGUCUUUGUCUGUGAUAUUCAGCUCCGCGCCGCCGGGCUGCCGCCCCGCCGGGGGGAGCAGCCCCGGCUCCCGGGGCCCAGCCGUCCGUCCUCGACCACUGUCCCCGGGGCCCCCGGGGCGGCCCCCCCGGCGGCGGCGGACGCACACUCGCCCGCACAGGCCAGUCUCAACAUUCCUGGCUCAAUGGCCAACACCUCCGCCACUGGCCACCUCCAGGGUAACGGCCCAAGCUUUAACCGGGAGCCCGGCCAGGCCAGCCCCGGCCGGACCCACCCAAGUGCAACCUGCAACCAAUACGCUUCAUUUCCUACUUCAUCCACGCCCCGGGCGGCCGGCCGGCCCGGAAAGUUUGGUUUUGCUUCCUUCCCCCGCGGGGCGGUGCGGGUGAACCAGUGGGGCAUUCCCCUCGGCCUGGGGCUGGCCGGGGGAGGGGAGAGCGCGGCCAACGGCUGGGGCGGCUCAGCCACCCAGACGGCCAGCUGGGGUGGCUCGGGGAGCGGCCAGUCCACCUCCCAGGGCCAGUGGGGGGCGGCCCCAACCGGGGCGGGGGGGCCCCCAACACCUCUCCCGCCCAGGGCAACAGCCUCAAGCCAGCCCAGCAGAGCGGUGGCCCCGGGCAGCAGCCGGGGUCCCCCGCAGGGCAGCAGAACGCCCAGGGCAGCAGCGGCGGCGGCCAGCAGGGUGGCCCCUCGGCGCAGCAGCAGGCCCAGCAGGGCGGCGGUGGCGGCGGCGGCAGCGGCGGCAACAACACGUGGGCGCAGGCGGCCGGCAAGGGCCUGGGCGGCAGCGGCGGCAGUGGUGGCGGCGGGAGCGGGUGCGGCCUCGGGGGACGCACAGAAGCGCCACAUGGAGCAGCAGCUGCAGAGUAUCCGUGAGGCCCUGCUGAGCAGCGAGGGCUGGGGCGGCGAGAACGUCAACCAGGACACGGCCUGGGACCUGCCCAGCAGCCCAGAGCCACCCAAGGACGCCGCUGCCGCGUCCACCGCCACCGCGCCACAUUUCAAGCUGAACGUGAACAACGGCUGCGACCUCUGGGAGAACAACCUGCGCAACGGCGGCGUGGCGCCCCCCAAGACCCAGCAGGCGCCCUGGGGCCACACCCCCACCAACAACUAUGGCGGCACCUGGGGCGAGGACGACGACGCCUCUGACUCCUCCAACGUGUGGACCGGCGUGCCCGCCGCUAACCCGCACUGGGGCACCACCGCCGCCAACCCCGGGCGCCCCCAACAUGUGGGGUGGCGGCAGCGGCGGCGGCGGCGGCUCCGGCUCCGGCCCCCCAAAGAAGAACAUCGACUGGGCCACCGGCAGCGGCGGCGGCAGUGGCGGCGGCGGCAGCAGCGGUGGUGGCGGCUCCAGCGGCUGGGGAGAGCACGGCCCCCAGCGCUCCGCCAUCGAGAACCCCGCCACGGACUGGGGCCCCGGCGGCCCCCACAAGCCUGCUCCCCACGUGGGCCACUCCGGCCCCCACAGCGGCCCUCACCCCGGCCCCCACAGCGGCCCCCACUCAGGCCCUCACGGUGGCCCCCCACAACCGGCUCCCCACUCCGGGCCGCACUCCGGCCCCUCACAACGGCCCACACGGCCGGCCCACACAACGGCCCACACGGCGGCCCCCACGGCGGCCCACACUCAGGCCCCCACGGCGGUCCCCACACAGGCCCACACGGCGGCCCACACACCGGCCCCCACAGCGGCCUGACCCACGGCGUGCCCCCGGGCGGUCCCAGCGGCCCCGCCCAGUGGAAUGGCCCCAAGGACAUGAAGCCCAGCGGUCCCAGCGGCCCCAGCGGGUGGGAGGAGCCCUCCCCGCAGUCCCAGCGGCGCGACGACGGCACGGCAGUGUGGGGCAACCCGCAGCAGCAACCCAGCGUGUCCCGCUGGAAGGACAUGCCCACGCCCAACAUGAUGGGCCGCCCCGGCAUGCCUGGCCCUCAGCAGGGACGCAUGCCUGGCCCACCCGUGCAUGCCGGCAUCCGCCCAGACCAGCGCUGGGGACAGAACACUCACCACUCUCUCUCUCCCUGUGGGGGCAGCGAGGGGUGCCUGCGCCGCAAUGGCAGCUGGAGCGACUCGCCGCACGACACGAGCAGCGGCAUGUGGGUGGAGGAGCCCAAGUCUGGGGGGUGGGGGGAGCAGCCCAUCACCCCCCCAUCCUGGGGCACCAAGCCCAAGACCCCAACAGGCGGGCCGGGCGGCCCCAUCGGCUGGGCUGAGCCGGAGAUGGACCUGCAGCAGGGCUGGAGCCACCACAACAAGAUCACCGGUUACACUCCUCUUCUUGAUAUUCGAACGACCAAAACACUAAUUCCUGAAUCACACUUCUCGUUUGCUGUACCUAAGGGAGUGUCAAAAGACUUAAUCUACAACAGCAAGCAAUUUCGUACCCUCCUGGAGAUGGGUUAUAAGAAGGAGGACAUCGAGGCUGCUCUUCGUAACAACAACAUGGCCCUGGAUGACUCGUUGAUGGAGUUAGGGAACCGUGGAGGAGGCGAGGCUUGGAGGAAUACAGGACUUGAGGAACACGCCCCCUUUGACAUAAACAAUCCGAACUUCCAGAGGUUCCCCCCUGGGCCGCACCACCUUCCUUUCCCCUCCCAGGGCGGCUCUGGCAACGCUCCACACGUCCGCGCACUGAUGCAACACAUUCAGACAGCAGUGCAGGCUGGGUACCUCAAUCCUCAGAUAUUGAACCAGCCGUUAGCUCCAACUACCCUCGUUCUCCUUAACCACAUGCUGAGCCACAUAAACGUCUUGCAGAAGUUCUCUCAGCAGCAAGCUCUGUGCCAGGCCCAUGCUCACCUCAACAAGAAUUCCUCCACAACUCUGCUACAGUUGAAUAUUAAUAUCACCAAAACGAAGCAACAGAUUCAGAAUUUGCAGAACCAGAUAGCCGCACAACAGGCCCUCUACGUGAAGCAGCAGCAGCAGCACCACCAGCAGCUGCACCCACAUAUCUCAGCAGGUCCUCCCGGCGCCCAGGCUGAUUUUUUCACCAAGCCGAGUCUUCCAGACCAGUUGUACGGCAGUUUUAACCAACUGUCCGUCAGCGACAACCCUGCCGCCGCUGCUGUUGUCAGUACUGGGACCGGGAGUCGUCUCCACCAGCACUGGAAGCUCCCAUCGCCUGAGACAGAUGAUGCUGAGUUUAUCCGAGCCCCUGGAGCUCCUGGGAAGCCAACCAUGCCCCAGUCACACCCAUCUCCUAACCUCACACCGCUCCUUGGAAGCUCCAGCAGUACUUGGUCGCUGAACCGCACGUCUGAGUCCGGCUGGCCAGAGAACAACACUGUGGCCAGCGACAACAGCCCCAGUGGCGUGGUGGACAAGGGUGUGCCAAAUAUGGACACCUCUCAGUGGGCCGCCUCCUCCCAGGCUAAUGUGUCAGGUUCCUACGGUCUUGAUAUUAAGCCAUUCGAGCCUGGCAAACCUUGGCUGAUGAAGAACAUUGAAGAUGAUCCAAACAUAACACCUGGCUCUGUCACACGGUCGCCCUUGUCCAUCAACAUCAAGGACUCGGAACUCUUGUCGUCAAUCAGCAAGACUCCCACCACUAACACAGUUUCCGACAUCACCAGCCACCUGCCGUCUCUCUCCCUGUCUUCUAAUACAUGGAGCUUCAACCCAGGCCCUGGACACCAUACUGCCAACUCCCCGCUGUCUGUGGACAGCAAGCUGGGCGGUAGCAGCAGCAAGAGUGGAUCGGGGUGGAGUGAGGGUGGCCACGACGGCUCCACCACACUGGCGUCGGAGCUGUGGGGCGCCCCGGGCAACAAGCUGAGGGGACCCCCACCUGGCCUCAUCGCCGGCAGCGUGCCCAAGAGUGGCGUGGUGGGCGGUGGCGGAGGCAGCGGUAGCGGAGGGGGCGGGUGGGGGGCCGCCCUGAGCCGCUCCACCUCCUGGUCCGGGGAUCAGCACCGCAAUCCCCAAAACAGUGCCUUACAUUCUGCAGCGGGCGUGGCUCCUUCAGGGGCCUGGACCAAUAACCAACCCCCCUCCACAUGGCUCAUCCUUAAGAACCUAACCCCACAGAUUGAUGGUUCUACUUUGAAGACCCUGUGCAUGCAACAUGGCCCACUGGUGAACUUCUACCUGUCUCUCAACCAUGGAUUUGCACUUGUGAAUUACGGUUCACGAGAGGAGGCUGCCAAGGCCCAGGGAAACCUCAACAACUGUCUUUUAAGCAACACUACAAUCCUUGCUGAGUUUGCUAGUGACAGUGAUGUAAAGCAGGUAAUGGGUCAGCCAACACAUCAGGGACAGGCUGCCCCUCCCACUCCAGCACCAAACAACUCCUCCAGCUGGGGCGCUUCGGGUCGUGGCUCCACCCCGACCUCCCAGCCCUCCUCCGGAUCAAAGGUCGACUCAUGGGGGAACAGCGGAAGCGCCUCAAACCUCUGGGGGAACAGUGGGGUCGUUGGAUCGUCGCUGUGGGGCGGCAGCAGCAUCAGUGAGGGUGGAGAGCAACAUCGCACUACCCCCUCGUCUCUCAAGCCAUACCUCCCUGACGGACUGCUAACCUCAGAGUCCAUCUAAGACCCUCCUGCUGGCCAUGAAGACUCCAGGGUAAGCCACCUCGUCCGCAUCCACAUAGGUCCUUUGUGGCCUCCCCCCAGCCCCCACACAACCCAGUACCCCCCCAGGCCUACUCACCUGCCCACUCCCUCCCCCCCCAUCAUCAUGCUGCCCCGUGUGUAUAUUAAAACUCAUAUUAUGACACCUGCCUUAAAAAGACUGAUGUAGCUCCAAGCACACACACACACACACAUGUACACAGGGAAGCAGCUUGCACGCACUCACACACACACGUACACUGACACACACACACGCACACACACACAUACACGUACACGCAGCCACGCAAACAAGUCAGUGAGAACAAUAAAAAAACAAGGAAUGAAAAUGUAAACAAAAGGAUUACCUUGAGAGAGAGAGAGCGAGAGAGAGAGAGCGAGAGAGAGAGUUUAAAAAAUGUAAAUGAUUAAGCAAGGUAAACACACAAAGUUAGCAGUGAGGUUUAAAAUAUAUAUAUAUAAAAAAAAAAUGAUGCAUAAAAAAAAAAAGGUUUUGGAAAGGCCGCGCCCCCUCCCCCGCCCCGCCCCAGGCCCGCCGAGCCCUGGGGCGCGGCGGGGCGGGGCAGCAGUCAGUGCAGGAGGAGCUUAACGGUUCAUGUGCUGUGACUCAAAUACAAAGUUACUCAUUACUGACAAGAAGAGACUUUGACCAUUUAUUGUAGAAAUGAAGGUGCAAGCAGAGGCUGGGGGUAGAGGCGGCCCCCACACAGCGCCCCCCCCUGCCCCCGGCCCCCCAAAAAACUGGUCCUAUGUUUAAAUGCCAAUAUAUCUAAGUCUGUUCUUACCGUGAGAGCGUGUGUAGGCGUCACGUCGCCCCCCACCCCGCCCCCUCCCCCCCCGAGGCGUGGCGGCGGCCUGAUGAUGAUGAUGAUGGUUCGAAGCGUACUCGACAAAGUAGAUUAUUAACAAUCCCGCUGUCUUAGGGUGUUCUGAUCAUGUACAUCUACCAAAAGGUAACAAGUUAAGUUAUAUUAGUGUUAAGAGAGACUAUUCUGUAAGGCUGUAGGGUUAGAGAGAGAGAGAGAGAGAGAGAGAGAGAGAGAGAGAGAGAGAGAGAGGUUGGUAGUGAUGACAAAAAGCUACAUGUUUGCGGUGAUUGGUUGAGCAGUGAUAGCACUUAUCUGUGUGAUAUUUCCUAUAUGGACAAUUAUUAUUAUUAUUAUUAUCAUUAUCAUUAUUAUUAUUCUUAUCAUUAGGAUGAAUUAUUCUUAUUGUUAUGAUGUACUUUUUAAGUGUGCUUGCUUGAGUACCUCGGCGCCUGACGGACGCGCGGUGCCGCCGGGGCUCUGCACUCUAGAUCUGCUCACUCUGUACAAGACCCGGGGCGGAGCGGCGCGGCGCGGCGCGAGGCGGGGCGCGCGACGUGGCGCAGCGCGGCGCGGUGCGGGCAGUGCACGGGGCAGCGGCCUUCCUCAGUCUCACGUCGUCCAGCUCGUCCCCGCGGCAACACACGCGCCGCGGCGCACGCACGAGCCCUCCAGUUAGCAGCCCUCCCCCGCUGUCCGCCCGCCCGCACGCCCACCCGCACGCCCGCCCGCCCGCCCGCCCCCCAUCUGCCUGUCUGUCUGUCUGUCUGUCGUCAUAUGGUCGUUCUGUCUGUCUGUCUGUCUGUCUGUCUCUCCGUUGGUCUCGCAGCCCCGCGCCGCCUCACCAGAUCACAGCGCCGCACCACCAAAGGUUCACGCGGCGUCUGCGAUGCCGGGCGGACGGGCGGACGGCCCCGCUGCCUCCGCUGCGGCCGCUCCAGGAGUGGCGCCUCAGUCACACUCGUGCCCAUUGCCUUAAAGCAGACUCGCGGCAUCUUCCCUCCCCGCCCUCCUGCAGGCCCGGAGAGCAGCGCCGCGCCCCGCCCCGCCCUGCCCCGCUCUGCCCCAGCCCGCCCGCCCGCGGCACGCAGUGGCGACGGCGGCGGCGGCGGCGGGCCCCGGCGUCCGUGAGAAUCAUGUGUUCUUGUGAGUUAGACGUGUUGUGAUAUGACAGUCACGCCUCCAAGUGGUCCAAAGUGUGUUGUGGGGGCCGCCGCGCCCCGCACCAGCCCCUUCCCCCGCCCCGCGCCGCCCCGUCGCCCUGCCGCGCGCCGCGACCCGCCAGGCAGCUGCUGCCGCCCAAAUCUGAGUUUUCUUGGACAUGCAAUCAAAGUCGUGGCCGCGGGGGCCCGGCGGGGCGGCGCGGGGCCCGGCGCGCCCCGCCCUGCAUGGCGUGGCGGGACGGGGCGGGGCGGGCAGUGCACCAGUGUCAGGUCCACAAGUCAUGGUGCUGCCAAUAAUCAUGGUCAUUGUGAGAUAUAGUGAUAGGCGAGGUCCACUCUUUCGUAAUGUUACAGUGUUACUAUUGAUCCUCCUCAGCAUCGCUCAGCUUUACUUACUGUUUUUACCCACGAGACGACAAGAAAAGGAAAAGCACAAAAAAAAAAAAAAAAAAAAAGGCUACGAUUGUUGUUGUUCUUUUGAGGGCGAAGUCCCGCUGACGCACGUUCAGUAUUGUGUACAGUUUUGUGGAAAGUAUAAACAAAGUGCCACCACAAUUUUCUUUAUCAGUUAUUAUUAAUUAUUAUUAUUUAACGUUUUAAAUCAUUUUUACCGACAAUAUAUCGUGACAGAGCUCGUAUAUGUCUGGAUAUUAUUAUCUCGACCCGUAGUGUGCGACGACGCGGAGCCAUAUCAAUAUUGUAGCUAUCUGACUAAUGAUCUAAAUACAAGGAAUAAUCAAGCCAGUCUGCCAAAAACUUAGGCUAAGCCCCCUUCCCCCCCUCCACCCCAGACUGGGCUCCCCUCCCCCUCCCCGGGCAGCAGGCGGCACCCUUCCAGCCGUGCCGCGGCGGCUCCCUGCUGCUCCGGGCGGCGGCGCGUGUGUAGCGUAGUGGUGAGUGUCGUGCAGGCCGGGUCAUGUAGUAUUAGCAAGCUGUGUCACCUGAGGGCGCCACGCGGCGGCGCGUGCCGUGAUGGCACCCCGCGCUGGCGCCCCGCCGCCACCUUGGUUAGCGUAGUCCGCGGCACCGCCCUGCCCGCCCAUCGUUUGCUUGUUAGCUUGGCCCCAGGCCCGGCGUGCCGCGCUGAGCAGCCCCGCCCCUCGCCCCGUUCCGGGCGUGGGGCGGCGGCCCCUCCCCGGCACCCAAGAAUAACUCUUCCAACAUUGUUUAGCCAGUUAAGAUACUUGCCUUCUCUCCCUGUGUUACUGUGUACAACAACCAAACCUUUCCUUUCGCGCCGUCGCCGCCGUACAAGCGUUGGAUGCCACCACUGCAGUCCCGGGCCCCGCUGCGCCGCCGCCGCACCGGUGGGGCGCGGGGCGCGGGGCAGCUUAGUCACCUUGCAUUUGCUGAGCCGCGGCGCCGCAGCACUCCUCUCAGUUGUGAUCCAGGCCGGGUGAUGAUGUUCUGCCUUCACGGGAAGCGACUGUCGGCGCGGCACUGUGUAGUUGUCUAAGGCUCGCGGUGCAGCGCAGCACCACGGGGUCAGCUUACGCCGUUUUCUCAGGAACCUUCGUGGCGCAGGGGAUGGGCGGCGGCGGCAGCAGCGGCGCCUCAGUGGGGGAGACGCGGCUCGCGGCGGCGCGGCGCUACUUACCUGGCGGCCGGCCGGCGCGCCGGGCCCCGCCAGCCUGUGUUACAGCUUUAGUUUAUCAAUUCCAUUAUAAUUUUAAUGAUCUGCUGUUUUUGUGUGGUUGUUGAGAGCCGCCGUGCCCCCCCCUGACCUCGUCCCCCGCUGCCCCGCCGCCCCGGAGCUGCCGGGACCGCUGGGCCGCCGCCACAGCCCCGCGCCUCCGCCGUGCAGGACGCCUGGGCACGCCCGGCUGCCUGACGCGGUGAUGGCGGCGGCGGCGGCGGUGGCGGCGGCAGCAGCGGCAGCGCCCGCUCGUCUCCCGCUCUCAUUCUCACGUCAGUGCAAUAUGUUAUCAAAAUACAAAGAUCAUAAAAUACUGCGAUGCAUAAAGUUGAUGCACACGUGUACGUUCGUCAAGACUCAAGGACGCGCCGUGGACAAUCGUGCGGCGGCGGCGGCGGCGGCGAGGCGUCACCCCGCCGCCGCCGCCGCCGCGGUGACUGUAGUAAGGAAGAAGCGCAAUGCCUUAUUCAUUCCUCUUAGCGGGGCGCCCCGCCCCCCGGGGCACCCCAACACUACCGUCCUGCAUCAUCCCAGCCUGCCCCGCCCCGCCCCGCCGCCGCCGCCGGCACCGCGGGGCGGGGCGCGCGCGGGGCAGUUGCCGUGUGUGCGUGUGUGUGUGCACGCGUGCACGUGUGUGCACAAGCAGUGUUCGGUGCUACGCGUCACCCGGACCACUCGCUCGGAGGACCAGCGCCCACUGGUGCCCCGCCCCGCCCCGCCCCGCCCUGCCCUAGGGUGUAUACAAUACUUUUAGUUUUGCCUGUGAUGUUUUACUCUGUUCCCUGACUCCCGGCGGCGGCGCCUGGCCCGCCGCGGCCGCCGCCGCCGCCGCUCUACUCAACUUGACGUGUGGAGAUGAGUAAUAUAGAUAUAGUAGAACUAGAGAAUAUAUACAUAUAUAUUAGAGAUAUAUAUACAUAUACUACACUUAGCUUACUGUUACGUGGCGCGGCGGGGCAGGCCGGGGCGGCACAGGCAGGGGGGAGGGGGAGGUGCCCCUCACACCAAUACUUUAGGAUCUCAACCUGCCCCCCCUCACCCACCACCCUCCACCCACCAGCCCCUCUCCCUCCCCUCCCACACAGGGCCCAGGCCACACAAGGGGCAGUGAGCAGCACCUCCCCCACCCCACCCCACCUGCCGGCCCCUGGCCACACAUCUUCCUUGCCUGGGAGCCUCACACACACACACACACACACACACACACACACACACACACACACACACACACACACACACACACACACUCAAACACACACACACACACACACACACACACACACACACACACACACACACACACACACACACACACACACAGUCCCUCUUGGCAUCUAGACAAAUGACAAGCAAAGCGAGCAUUUAGUGACGUAAAAUUCUAUAUAUAAACAUUAAAAAAAUGCAAAAAAAAAAGGAAAGAAAACACAAAAAUGAAUAAAUAAGGGCCAAAAAACAUGAAGCAGCAGCGACACACGCGACACAGCGACACUUGCGGUGCGUGACGGCGGGCACAGGAGCCAGCGAGUGUGUGUGUGUGCCGAGCCCAGGUAGUGUUGCGCUGAUGAAUGGUUGUGAAUCCCGAACCGUGUGAUAACUCUCCUCUGGUCAAGACGUAUAGGGCACCGGCAGCCCCCCACAGCGAGUGCAACGUAUCAUGUGCCUUGUGUGUGUGUGUCCGCCACCACCACCACCACCACCACACACGCGCCCCGCCCGCCCCGCCCCACGGCCCCGUCUCCUGGCGGGGCCGCGGGGCGUUACCGGACCGGGCGCUUCUUUGUUUUUUUCCCUGUCGGAGAAGUGGACUCUGUCGCUCUCGUGACCUAGUGUUAAGACAAAAUGGUAAAAAAAAAAAAAAAAAAAAAAUAUGCGUGCAGUGAAGGAGCAACGGCCGCCGCGGUGGUGAACAGCAAGGUGCUGACUGUGUGUGUGUCUGUGUGUGUGUGUGUGUGUGUGUGUGAGAGAGAGAGAGAGAGAGAGAGAGAGAGAGAGAGAGAGAGAGAGAGAGAGAGAGAGAGAGAGAGAGAGAGUGGCAGCCUAGUGAGUGGUGGACAAAGCAAGAGACACACGGCAGCCUCAGGGAGCAAGUCAACUGUGUGUGUGUGUGUGUGUGUGUGUGUGUGUGUGUGUGUGUGUGUGUGUGUGUGUGUGUGUGUGCGUGCGUGCGUGCGUGCGCGUGAUGCAAGCUGCCGGCCGCUGGGGGCGCGUGGCGGCCCUGGCGGGGGCAGCAGUACUUAACACGCCGCGCCGCCGCCGCCGCCGCUGCUCCGUCGCGAGUUGGGGGGGCGCGGCGCUCCCCCACCCUCGACAUGCUAAGUUUUUCCUGUUGUAAAAUUGUCCCUGAUUCCAAAGAUAGUCGGAGUUCCAGUUGUAAGGCUUUUGGGUGAUAAAACUUGUAUUAUGAUUUUUGUACCUGACUAUGUACAAGUCAAGAUAUUCUUUUAAUAUUGCUAUAUAGAUUAAAAUGUAAUGCAGUCGAUUCCAUGAAGUGGUAAUAAUAAUAAUAAUAAUGAUAAUAUUAUUAAUAAUAAUAAUGAUAACAAUAACACUACUCCUAUGAUGGUAGCAGUAGCUCCCACACCAGCGCGAGACACAAUACUACUACUAUCUCGGCGCGGGGCGGCCACCGGGCCCUGCCUCGCGGCCCCGCCCAGCCCGCGCCGGGCGGGGUGGGGCGCCCCGCCCCGCCCCGCCCCGAAAGACAACCGUUGCAGCUCGUCAGCACAGAAAUGCAUUUCAAACACGAGAUUCCAAAGAUCCCUGAAGGAAGCCAAGGGUGCCAUGUGUAGCGACUGAUGCGUAGGUUUAUGACUUCUUGGUCUGGUGCCAAAUUAAACUAGUAAUAAUGAUAAUAAUAAUAAUAUCUUAUAAUAAUAAUAAUAAUAAUAAUAAUAAUAAUAAUAAUAAUACUAUAAUACUAAUAACUGGAUAUGAUCACUAGCGAAUACUUCUCAUAUAUAAGUCUAGCUUGAGUGUAAGUUUGUUUAGUUUAGCGCCUCUGGUCAUGUCUUCUCGUAGCAAAGUACACAAAACUAUCUAGGCUGUGUUCCUCUGUCACCGACCGCAGUGCUCGCUGCUGCAGCCCGCGUCCGCCGCGCCGCGCCGCGCCGCGCCGCCCCGCCCCGCCGCAGCGACGCCGCCACGACCACGCCGACGAGACGUGAUGACGAUGAUGAUGAUGAUGAUGAUGAUGAUGAUGAGGGCAUAAUAGUUGUAUCUCUGAUACUACCAUCAAGACAUAUCGCACACCUUGUCCCGCCCCCCGCGCGGGUCGGCGGCGGCAAGGGUGAACCAAAGCAUUUGUUGUGUGUAUUAGCGCCGCCCCGCCCCCUGUCCCGCCCCAGGCCGGAGCGGGGCAGGGGCCGCGCGUGGCCCCUGCCGUGGCGGCCGCCCCGAGCCGACAGAGGCAAGUCUUUCCAUGUAACUUAAAUGGUAUUAUCACACCAGCACCGGUAACAGUCAGAGUUUUGUAUUAGAUGAGGGAGUGACGUGUUUUAUACCUAUAUUUUUAGAUGUGCGAGGGGACGGUGGGCCGUGCCACACUUGUUGUUGCUGCCAGUAUUUGAACCCUCAAGUAAUAUGAGAUUGAAUCACUGGUACUUAUUGGCCACUUGCUCAUACUUGUAGAAUGUGUUCACGUCUGGUCUACGCUCUUUUACAACAGGGAAACCCACUUAGUAUAUCCUCAGAGGGUGUUGUUUUAACCUAGUGAGUGUAAGUAAGUAUAACAAGUAAGUAAUUAAUUAAGUAAGCGUUAAGUCAAGUAAUUAAGGUUGCUGAUCAUUACUGUUAGGUGCGGUGCGCGUGUCUGUCUGUCUGUCUGUCUGUCUGUGUCGAGGUGCGGCGCAAGGCUUCUCUACGAGUCGUGUAAGAGCUUAAUACUAGUGGUCUCUCUAUCAAUUGUAGUGGUGGCAUCUAAAACGUUAUAGUUUCUAAGGCUCAUUACUACUACUACUACUACUACUACUACUACCACUAUGACUACUACUACUACUGCUACUACAGAUAUUAAAACCUCUACGAAAAAUACAAAAAAAAAAAAGAAAAAAAAGUUUAAGCGCUAUCAUAAAGGGAUGGUUUUUUUUGUUCGUUGCCUGCUCAGGGUCUUGCACUAUCCUCUUGUGAGUCGCGCGGUUGUGGCCGUUAGUCCCGUUUUCGAAUUCCUCCUCCUCCUCCUCCUCCACCUCCUGCUCCUCCUCCUCCUCCUCCUCCUCUUCAGAAUCUUAGUUUUCCGUCUCUUUCUUGUCUUUCAGCUAAUCUUUCCUCCUUUCACCUGUUAGUUCCUCCUCCUCCUCCUUCUUCUCCAUCAAAACAUCAAUCUUUCUCGUGUCUCCCUCCUUCACCUUCUCCAUCUCUCCGUUUUCUCAUCUUUCCUCCUCCUCCUCCUCUUCAUCCUAUUCCUUCUCUAUCUCUUAAUCUUUCGCCCUCCUUCAUCUUUAUCAGUUUCUUCCUAUUUCGCUUUAAUUCUCUUUUAUUCUGUGUUUUCUUUCAAAUUUUCUCUAUUAUUGUUUCUUCGUCUUUAUCCUUUAUUGUCACUCUCUUCCAUCUAUUUUAUCAUUCUCUUGUAUUUUUCCCUUUCAUUUUCUCUUCCUGUUUUUCUUCGUCUUUCUACUUCAUUCUCUCUUCCUCUUUCGUCUCUCAUUUCUCUAUCUCCCUGUCUCUUAACUUCUCUUCCUUCCUUCCUAAUUUAAUGUUGGCCUAUUCUCUCCUUCCUUCCUUCCUUGCUUCAUUCCUUCCCUCGUCUGUUAUUCAUCCUUCUCUCUUCUCCUCUUCCUUCCUAAUUUCUUCAUCUCUUGGCUGUUAAUUCAAGUUUUUUUAUUUUUUUUUCAUCUUCUCUAUCAUUAAUUUUUUCGUAUAUAAUUUUUGCUAUCUCUUCAAUGUUAUUUUUUUUCAUUUAUUUAUUAUUAUUACCUUUUUUAUCUGUUAUGUUUGUGUUUUCUUUCAGUCUUUAUUUCUUUCUUUUUUUUUAGCUCUUCUUUUUCCCUCAUUCAUUUUCUGCUUUUUAUUUAUUUUUUUUUUUACGAUUCUUUUGUCUUAUUUUCUCUAAGUCUUUCGUGUCUCCCAUCCCGGUCCACUUGCCAACUGUCACUGUGUCCUGUCUGCUCCUUACUGCCCCCCCCUUCCCAUCUCCCCCGUCCACCCCGCCCCGUGUCCCUUCUCCCCCUCCAGCCAUCCCCAGCCCCGCUCCCCGCUCCCCGCCCCGCUGCCAGGCGUGAGGGGUGUGGUCGCCUCCCAGUCCAGUGAGCUUCUCUAGUCCUGAGGUGCCGCGCCGCCCUGGUUGCCCCCAGCGCCAGGGAGGGGCCCUCACCCCCCAGGAGGCUCCACGCCCCCUCCCCCUGUCCCGCUCCGCCCCUCCCCGCCCCGCCGCAGCAGCUGGAGCCAUGUCGGUGCUCCCCGUGUGCCUCUCUCGUGUGUUCAGCGGCCCCGGCCCUGCCCGUAUGCAAGCCUCAGCCUCCACCAGCUGGCCGGGGCCCCACCACCACCACCACCACCACCUCCUGUGACAUGACACGCUGCAGCUGCUGCCCCUCGCCCCCUGUCCCGUCCUGUCCCCGUCCCCCCUCCCUCCCCCGCUGUCCCUCCUCCUCGGGGCCGCCCCGCCACGCCGCCACCACCGUAGCAAUGAAGCCGGGAGCAAUAAGGUGAAGCUGUCGUCCUCCAGCGUUGCAUUUCCCGGCGGGGCCGCCUCGCGCCGCCCCGCCGCCGCUGGGGGCACCGGGGCCCCAGGUGUCACUGUUGGUGUUGUGUUGCCGUGUCAGCAGGCGGCCGCCAGGUUCUACCGUGCUCACUCCGCCACGCCAGCGGCCGCCCCGGCCCGCCCCGCCCCGCCCCGGCCGUGGGGCGGGGCCGGGGGGGGCCGGCGGCCGGGCACGGCUGGCCUGUCCUCCCUACCUACCGCUGCACAUUCCCACGAGCUAGUCAGGGCGGGAACACCCGUGGGGCGCCCCCGCCCGCGGCCCCUCUGUCAACCAUGCCACUUGAAGCAUAUCCUAGCUGGUCAGUGUGCUGGGACAGGUCAGCAAUGCUUUUAAUAUAAUUAUUUAUACAGGCUUUCUUGUACUGGAUGUUCCAAUAUGCAUAAAUAAAUUUGGUCUCAGUGUUUACACCUUA